UCUCCAGAGAACAACACCUCUCUCUGUAGAGAAAAGCACAUCUCUACAGAGAACACCAACUCUCUCUAGAGAGAACACUAUCUCUUUCUGCAGAUAGAAGCACCUCUCUCUUCAGAUAAAAGCACCUCUCGCAAAGAGAACACCACCUAUCUACAGAGGACACCACCUCUCUCUGUAGAGAAAAGCACAUCUCUGCAGAGAACACCAACUCACUCUACAGAGAACACAACCUCUCUCUACAGAGAACACUAUCUCUCUAUACAGAGAACACCACCCCUCUCUACAGAGAACACUACCUCUCUCUACAGAGAACACCACCUCUCUCUGCAGAGAACACCACCUCUCUUUGCAGAGAACACUACCUCUCUCUACAGAUAACACCAACUUUCUCUACAGAGAACACUACCUCUCUCUACAGAUAACACCACCUUUCUCUACAGAGAACACCAUCUCUCUCUACAGAGAACACCACCUCUCUCUGCAGAGAACACAACCUCUCUCUGUAGAGAAAAGCACAUCUCUACAGAGAACACCAACUCUCUCUACAGAGAACAGCAUCUCUCUCUUCAGAUAAAUGCACCUCUCUCUACAGAGAAUACCACCUCUCUCUACAGAGAACACCAUCUCUCUCUACAGAGAAAAGCACAUCUCUACAGAGAACACCAACUCUCUCUACAGAGAACACAACCUCGCUCUACAGAGAACACCACCUCUCACUACAGAGAGCCCUAUCUCUCUCUACAGAGAACACCUCUCUCUACAGAGAACACCACCUCUCUCUACAGAGAAUGCCACCUUUCUCUCCAGAGAAAAGCACAUCUCUACAGAGAACACCAACUCUCUCUACAGAGAACACAACCUCUCUCUACAGAGAACACUACCUCUCUCUACAGAGAACACCACCUCUCUCUGCAGAGAACACCACCUCUCUUUGCAGAGAACACUACCUAUCUCUACAGAGAACACACAUCUCUCCACAGAGAACACCACCGCUCUCUACAGAGAACACUACCUCUCUCUACAGAGAACACCACCUCUCUCUGCAGAGAACACCACCUCUCUUUGCAGAGAACACCACCUAUCUCUACAGAGAACACACAUCUCUCCACAGAGAACACCACCUCUCUCUACAGAGAGAAGCACCUCUCUCUACAGAGAACACCACAUCUCUCUACAGAGAACACCACAUCUCUCUACAGAGAACACCAUCUUUCUCUACAGAGAACACCACCUCUCUCUACAGAGAACACCACCUCUCUCUACAGAGAACACCACCUUUCUCUACAGAGAACACCACCUCUCUCUACAGAGAACACAACCUCUCUCUUCAGAGAACACCACCUUUCUCUGCAGUGAACACCACCUCUCUCUACAGAGGACACCACCUCUCUACAGAGAACACCACCUAUCUCUACAGAGAACACACAUCUCUCCACAGAGAACACCACCGCUCUCUACAGAGAACACCACCUCUCUCUGCAGAGAGAAGCACCUCUCUCUACAGAGAACACCACCUCUCUACAGAGGACACCACCUCUGUCUACAGAGAACACAACCUCUCUCUACAGAGAACACCAUCUCUCUCUUCAGAGAACACACAACUCUACACAGAGAACACCACCUCUCUCUACAGAGAACACCACCUCUCUAUGCAGAGAAAAGCACAUCUCUACAGAGAACACAAAAUCUCACUACAGAGAACACCACCUCUCUCUACAGAGAACACAACCUCUCUCUACAGAGAACACCACCUCUCUACAGAAGACACCACCUCUCUCUACAGAGAACACCACCUCUCUCUACAGAGAACACCACCUCUCUCUACAGAGAACACUACCUGUCUCUGUAGAGAAAAGCACAUCUCUGCAGAGAACACCAACUCACUCUACAGAGAACACAACCUCUCUCUACAGAGAAUACCACCUCUCUCUACAGAGAACACCAUCUCUCUCUACAGAGAACACCAACUCUCUACAGAGAACACCAACUCUCUCUACAGAGAACACCAUCUCUCUCUACAGAGAACACCACCUUGCUCUACAGAGAACACCACCUCUCUCUACAGAGAACACAACCUCUCUCUUCAGAGAACACCACCUUUCUCUGCAGUGAACACCACCUCUCUCUACAGAAAACACCACCUCUCUCUACAGAGAACAUCACCUCUCUCUGCAGAGAGUAGCACCUCUCUCUACAGAGGACACCACCUCUCUACAGGGAACACCACCUAUCUCUACAGAGAACACACAUCUCUCCACAGAGAACACCACCGCUCUCUACAGAGAACACCACCUCUCUCUGCAGAGAGAAGCACCUCUCUCUACAGAGAACACCACCUCUCUACAGAGGACACCACCUCUGUCUACAGAGAACACAACCUCUCUCUACAGAGAACACCAUCUCUCUCUUCAGAGAACAAACAACUCUCCACAGAGAACACCACCUAUCUCUACAGAGAACACCACCUCUCUAUGCAGAGAAAAGCACAUCUCUACAGAGAACACAAAAUCUCACUACAGAGAACACCACCUCUCUCUACAGAGAACACAACCUCUCUCUACAGAGAACACCACCUCUCUACAGAAGACAUAACCUCUCUCUACAGAGAACACCACCUCUCUCUACAGAGAACACCACCUCUCUCUCUCCAGAGAACAACACCUCUCUCUGUAGAGAAAAGCACAUCUCUACAGAGAACACCAACUCUCUCUAGAGAGAACACUAUCUCUUUCUGCAGAUAGAAGCACCUCUCUCUUCAGAUAAAAGCACCUCUCGCAAAGAGAACACCACCUAUCUACAGAGGACACCACCUCUCUCUGUAGAGAAAAGCACAUCUCUGCAGAGAACACCAACUCACUCUACAGAGAACACAACCUCUCUCUACAGAGAACACUAUCUCUCUAUACAGAGAACACCACCCCUCUCUACAGAGAACACUACCUCUCUCUACAGAGAACACCACCUCUCUCUGCAGAGAACACCACCUCUCUUUGCAGAGAACACUACCUCUCUCUACAGAUAACACCACCUUUCUCUACAGAGAACACCAUCUCUCUCUACAGAGAACACCACCUCUCUCUGCAGAGAACACAACCUCUCUCUGUAGAGAAAAGCACAUCUCUACAGAGAACACCAACUCUCUCUACAGAGAACAGCAUCUCUCUCUUCAGAUAAAUGCACCUCUCUCUACAGAGAAUACCACCUCUCUCUACAGAGAACACCAUCUCUCUCUACAGAGAACACCAUCUCUCUCUACAGAGAACACCAACUCUCUACAGAGAACACCAACUCUCCCUACAGAGAACACCAUCUCUCUCUACAGAGAACACAACCUCUCUCUACAGAGAACACCAUCUCUCUCUACAGAGAAAAGCACAUCUCUACAGAGAACACCAACUCUCUCUACAGAGAACACAACCUCUCUCUACAGAGAACACCAUCUCUCUCUACAGAGAAAAGCACAUCCCUACAGAGAACACCAACUCUCUCUACAGAGAACACAACCUCGCUCUACAGAGAACACCACCUCUCACUACAGAGAGCCCUAUCUCUCUCUACAGAGAACACCUCUCUCUACAGAGAACACCACCUCUCUCUACAGAGAAUGCCACCUUUCUCUCCAGAGAAAAGCACAUCUCUACAGAGAACACCAACUCUCUCUACAGAGAACACAACCUCUCUCUACAGAGAACACAACCUCUCUCUACAUAGAACACCACCUCUCUCUACAGAGAACACCAUCUCUCUCUACAGAGAACACCACCUCUCUCUGCAGAGAAAAGCACAUCUCUACAGUGAACACCACCUCUCUACAGAGAACACCACCUCUCUCUACAGAGAACACAAUCUCUUUCUGCAGAGAGAAGCACCUCUCUCUACAGAGAAAAGCAACUCUCUCUACAGAGAACACCACCUCUCACUACAGAGAGCCCUGUCUCUCUCUACAGAGAACAC